AUGCACAAGACAAAUUGGUUGGCGCUUCUUGGCGGAAUCGCGUCUUGCACCGCGGCCAGUCCCAACGUGGGUCCGAAUUACGAGCAUCCGCUUGAAGAUCUUGACAAAGAUCUCCCAUUCUCUCAGCCUGUCACGUUUGCUCAUCUCGAGUGGCAGCGCUGCUUGGCCGCUUCACAUGAUCAGCCAUUGGACAUUGCCAUUCUAGGUUUUCCCUAUGAUACCUCGACAUCGUAUCGCCCAGGAGCACGCUUUGGGCCUCGCGGCAUCCGGGCUGGUUCGUCGAGAGAAAAGAAGGGGAGGAGUUACAACACUGUCUGGGGUGUUGAUCCUUAUGAACAAGGCCUGCAAAUAAUUGACUGCGGCGAUGUGCCCAUUACCCCUUUCGAUGCCAAUCAUGCAUUCAAACAAAUGGAACAAGCAUAUCGGCAGGUGCUGUAUCAUCCGACUACCGAACAGAAUACUUGGGAGCACCCACGCAUUCUUAGUCUUGGUGGCGAUCAUUCCAUCGUAUUGCCUAUACUCAGGUCGCUCAAGACUGUAUACGGGCCCGUCUCUGUCAUUCAUCUCGACUCUCAUUUAGACACGUGGGAUCCGUAUGAAGGCUAUACUGGCAUAGUUUCAAACCAAUCGGCUAUUACACACGGUACCUUCUUUUGGCAUGCAAGUCGAGAGGGAUGCAUCAGCAAGGGAACUAGUGUACAUGGUGGCCUACGGACGAAACUAUUUAGCCCUAAAGAUUACGAGAUUGAUCGAGAUGUCGUCGGCUUUACAAUCAUCGAGGCCCAUGAGAUUGAUGACAUAGGCAUGAAUGGCAUCAUUGACAAGGUCAGAGCAGCGGUCGGAGAUACACCGGUAUAUCUCUCGAUUGACAUUGACGUCCUGGAUCCUAGUAUUGCACCGGCAACGGGCACACCAGAAUCGGGUGGUUGGACAUCCAGAGAGCUGAAGAGGUUUCUGAAGGGAUUAGAGGGGCUUCAUCUUGUGGGUGCUGAUGUAGUAGAAGUCAGCCCCCCGUAUGACACUGUGGCAGAGACGACAUCUGUUGUGGCUGCAGAUUUGCUUGUUGAUAUUCUUGCCGGUAUGACUAAAACUAAUGGUGGUAGAUCAACUUUACCAGUCGAAAAGGACGAGCUGUAA